AUGCGUGGUCUUAGCAAGGCGGCGACGCUCAUGCUGGCGCCAACGGCCGUGUUGACGAGGCCUCUGCCGACGAAUCCGGUAUCAUCACGAGGUGUUCCGGCUGAAUCUUCAUUUUCCGUUGCCGUUGCUGUAGUAGACACCAGCGCUUCCAGAGACGCAAAGACAGUCGAUCAAACUCUGGUAUUCAAUCUUGACAUCCAGGAAUCCUCAGAGGCUUGCAGUCAAGCCAACGUGAGGAUCGAUGGAUUCCUCCUCUCUCAAGAUGACAACGGCACCGGCCAAGGGACCUUUGCCUCCCUGGAAGGCCACACCGUCACUGCGAGCUGGAACUUUACUUGCAGAGAGCACGCACGACGAGUGCCUUGGGAUCAGGACCUGACGGUGACGAUCCUCUCGCUAGACGGGGAGACUGUCCCCGAGACGUCCUUUGUGACGAGCUUCAGACAGCGAACCCCCGUCAAGGUCUACGACGUGGGGGGAGAUUUAGUUGUCUACACAACCGAAGGCCAUGCUCCUACUCGGGUCGAUAAAGAGAGGGUGCUGAAUAGGAUAAAGACCCUCACCGGCCUAUCAGAAGUCGACGACGAAAUCAAGGCAGACAUUGGAGACAUCGUAUCGCUGGAAACCCAGAUGCGCGAACUCGGAGAACACGUCAAGGCUAAGCAGAGAAAAGUAUUGGAAAAGCUGGGCAUGCGGCCUUCGCCAACGGCUUUUAACCUGCAAACAUUCUACCAGACGGCCAAACUGGCAUCUUCUACUCUUCGGGGCACCAUGGAGCACUGGGUGAACUCUGUGCUUGGACUCCCUCCCAAGUGUGAUCAUCAUCGUCAUCGCAAUCACGAGCAUGGCAAUCGUCCUCACCACCCUCAUCCUAACCACAAGCAAGAGGAUGUUGUGGUGAGUAUGCAGGUGGACGGUCAAGGAGGACAGCGCUUUUUCUACUACCGGGACGAUGCCGACUCCAACUCUACACGACUGACACCAACUCACUCUCCAAGGAACGUCACCUAUUUUCCCCUCUUCGCAAUAAUCUUCACUUUCCACCUGGCUCUCUUCUUUGCUCUCCGAUCCAUCCGCCAACGAAUGCACAACCGCCGCGCGAGAAGCCACAGCAGCCGCACAUGCCGCCGUGAAGCCCGCGCCCAGCGCCGUGCCGAAAGACAAUCUCGCCGAACCGGCACCACGAAUUUCUUUUGUAGUAUCCGAGACCUCAUCCGGCCCAAACGCAUCGAACUCAACGAAAAGACACGCCUGAUGCUCCAAGAGGAGGAUACCUCGAUGGAGGACGAGCUCGCGUCUUUCCAGGAGGCAGCCUCUGUGUUCAGCGACCUGGUUGCUGUUCAGGAGACGACGACUUCGAGUGAGGAGACGCAGCCGCCAAGGUUCACCGAGGAUGUGAGCCCACCGGCCUACGACGAGGUAGAGGAGAGGUAUUAUGAUAACAGGCCUGGCGACUGUUGAUUUCAUACUCCGUUUUCUGGACAAGAGCGGUUUGGGGAUCCAAAAAGGGAUUCAUAUCAUAAUACUUAUAAUAAUCAUUGUGAAGAAAAACAAACAAACAAAAACAAGCAAACCAUAAUAGUCAAAUUGGUUGGACAAUGGCGUUAUAUACUACCGGGAGGACAGGAUGAAAUAAGCAUGCAAUAGACGACGCGAUUUUCAAGAUAUUUUGAAUAAGAAACACUUAAUUUAUAUUGACU